AAGAUAAAAAAGAAAUUAAAGAAAUAAUUAUUGAAAUCAAAAAAGUUUUAACCGAAAGUGAAUAUUACGAAAGAGUUAAAGGACAAAGUGGAAAUAUUCAUUAUCCUUAUAUUUCUUGGGUUUCAGAUCAUAAGGUAAAAAAAGAUUUUAUUGCUUCGGAGCGAGCUGGAUAUAGAAAAAAAGGAGAAGAAAUUCUUUCUAACUUUUGCGAGAAAUUGAGGAAGAACGAGAAAAUUGAUUUACCGAAAAAUAUUUCUUUAAAUACUUCUAAAUAUGCUGGUUUUGGGUUUAAAAAUGAUGGUAAGGCAGAAAAGGUAAAAAAUAUUGAGUUGCUUCGGAAGAAGGGAAGUGAAAAUUUGGAAAGCGAAUUAAUGGAGUUGGUCGGGCUUCCUUUAAUUUAUACCGGAACAACCAAAGAUAAUGUUUCUUCUAUAAAUAUAAUAGGACUUGUUUAUGAUAAAAAGGAAAAUCUUCAAACUAUUUAUCCAGAAUAUGGCGAUAAAAUAAUUAAAGUUAAGAAUGCUAUCAAUUCCUUAGGAACAGGAAAAAAAUCAAUUAAUAAAAUUUCUCCUUCGAUUAAGUUAUUAAAAAUUAGUAUUUUGGGUAAAAAAGUGAAGUAG